AUGCCUUAUCCUGAAAGGUUGAAGCCUAAAGCUAAAGAUCAACAGUUGACAGAUUUCAUGAAGAUUUUGGCUAAAGUUCAAAUUAAUCUUCCAUUAAUUGAUGCAAUCAAGAACAUUCCACCUUAUGCCAAGUUUUUGAAGGACGUUUGUACAAAGAAAAAGAAGCUUGUGGAUUCCGAAAAAGUAAUUCUUACAGAACAAUGCAGUGCGAUCUUAUUGCAUAAAUUGCCUCCAAAGAAAAAAGAUCCAGGAAGUUUUACUAUCUCUUGUACCAUUGGCAAUUCUGAUUUUAAAAGUGCUUUAAUUGAUUUAGGUGCUAGUGUAAACUUAAUGCCUUAUUCUGUUUUUAAACGUUUAGGUGAAGGUGAGUUGAAGCCAACCUCUAGUAGUAUUCAAUUGGCUGACUAUUCAAUUACCUACCCUAGAGGAGUCAUUGAAGAUGUUAUUGUGAAGGUUGACAAUUUAUAUUUACCGGCUGAUUUUAUGGUAUUGGACAUGGAUGAGGAUUUGACAACACCCAUCAUUUUGGGCCGCCAAUUCCUGGCAACAGCCCGAACUCUUAUUGAUGUGGAAGCCGGAACAUUAACAUUCCGGUUUGAAGAUCAAAUUGUUGUUUUCAAGUUGUUUGAAGCAAGCAUACAUUCAGGUGACAAGCAAGAAUGCAUACGUGUUGAUGUAUUAAAUGGUUUACCACAUGCCAAUUUUGUGACCAUAUCAUCUACUAGCAAGCUGCCCAUAAAGACUCAAAAUGUGAUUUGCCACCAGAUUGAUAAAAAACAUUUGAAUGUCAAGGGCAAUAAAAAAUUGCGAAGCAGUCCAAGUUGUGCAAAAAUACAGCCUGGUAAAAAGGUGUGGUUGCUGAAUACCAGUUUCAAGUUAGUUCUAGGGAAACAAGAGUCCCGAUGGAAAGAUCCUUUUCUAGUUACUAAAGUUUUUCAGAAUGGUAAUGUGGACAUCAAGGGUGAGGGCACAGAUUUCUCAUUCAAGUUUACCAAACAUCAACUAAAACCAUGCAUAGGGAAAUUUGGUGCAAGCAAGUCUUUGACUCUGAAAGAACCAGUGAUCUAG